GGGAGAUUCUGCUGCUCCACUUUGUCAACAAACGCAAAUUUCGUGCGAUCUCAAGAAGGCAACCUGACCUCAGAGGGUUCAUUUUUCUUCGUGCCAUCCAAGAGUGACGCGGCCGUUGAUUGAUCGCAUGAUCCCGUUCAUGAUGGAUCAGGUGGUGGCCAAUGUGGAUCACAUCCAGUUCGACAUCGAAGUGGCGUUGGCGCAACAAUUGGGCGCCCAACCUUUGCCCUUUCCGGGCAUGGACAAGUCCGGCUCGGCCGUUUGCGAAUUCUACGUCCGAUCCACAUGCUCACUAGGCACUCAAUGUCCCUUUCGCCAUGUUCGCGGCGAUAAAACCGUGGUUUGUAAGCAUUGGUUGCGUGGUUUGUGCAAGAAGGGUGACCAAUGCGAAUUCUUACACGAAUACGACAUGUCCAAAAUGCCUGAGUGCUACUUCUACUCAAGAUUCAAUGCUUGCCACAACAAGGAAUGUCCUUUCCUACAUAUCGACCCCGAGAGCAAAAUCCGCGAUUGUCCCUGGUACGACCGCGGGUUCUGCCGUCACGGUCCGCAGUGUCGCCAUCGUCAUGUGCGCCGGAUCCUCUGCCUCAAUUAUUUGGCCGGCUUCUGUCCGGCAGGCUCCGAAUGCAAGGACGCUCACCCUCGGUUUGAGCUGCCCACCGCGUCAGACAACGACCCCAAGUUCGGGAAGAAGGUCAUUAUCACGUGCCAUUACUGUGGGGAGGUGGGUCAUAAGGUGUCGCAUUGCCAGAAGCUCACACCCGAAAUGAGAGAGGCUCAUAUGAAUUCCAACGACCACGGAGGCGGGUUCUUCGGUUACCGACCGGGUCACCCUCAGGGAACUACGUAUCAACCCGCCGGGGGCCCGGGAACGGAUCAGCCCAAGAAGUUCAAGAGUCUGGAUGAAGUGGUGUGUUUCAAAUGUGGAGAGCAAGGCCACUUUGCCAAUCGGUGUCCCAAAGGACAUUUAGCCUUCUUGAGCAAUCAUGCCGCCAUCCGUAAUUGAAUAAUGAAGCAACACAAGUAUUAUUUUUAA